CGAAGGUCCGCUGGCGGUGGAUGGCGUGGAGUGCGAGGUGUCGAGGGCACUUCUGGGCUGCGAGAUCGGCAGAGGAGUUUAAUCCGCACUUUCUCUCCAAGUCCAAAGAAGUGGGGAGCAACCAAGCAACGACCGAUGGGGAGAGAGUGCCCCGGGUUCCACCCGAAAACGGCUUCCAGCCACCGAUAGCCCCGCCGCAUUUUAACGCCAACAAACCCCUUGAGGUCCCAGGACACCAUGGUCGCGUCCAACCACACGCCGUGGGGUAACUGGACGGCGGGACCGGCCGACCUGUCCCCGAAACCGGCUUCGAUUUUCAGCAUCCUCGUCCUGACCUUGCUUGCGAUGCUGGUCCUCGCUACCUUCCUCUGGAACGUCUUGGUCCUGGUCACCAUCCUGCGGGUGAGGACGUUUCACCGGGUCCCCCACAACCUGGUGGCCUCCAUGGCUAUCUCGGACGUGAUGGUGGCAGCCCUGGUCAUGCCCCUGAGCCUGGUCCACGAGUUGGACGGGCGGCGCUGGAGGCUGGGCAAGGUCCUGUGUCAGGUCUGGAUCUCCUUCGACGUCCUGUGCUGCACGGCCAGUAUCUGGAACGUGACGGCCAUCGCUCUGGACCGGUACUGGUCCAUCACCAGACACUUGGAAUACACCCUGAAAACUAGGAAGAAGAUCUCCAAUAUCAUGAUCGUGCUGACUUGGGCCCUGUCCGCGGUCAUCUCCCUCUCGCCGCUCUUUGGUUGGGGCAAAACCUACUCGGAGCAGGAGGAGCAAUGUCAAGUGAGCCAGGAGCCCUCCUACACCAUCUUCUCCACCUUCGGGGCGUUCUACCUGCCCCUCUGCGUGGUCCUCUUCGUCUACUGGAAAAUUUACAAAGCUGCCAAAUUCCGGAUAGGAUCCCGCCGGACCAACACCAUCACCCCGAUGCCUGAGGUUGUGGAGGUGAAGGAGGCAUCCCACCAACCUGAGAUGGUCUUCACUGUUCGCCAUGCGACCGUCACCUUCCAGACGGAUGGCGAUACCUGGCGGGAGCAGAAGGAGAAGAAAGCUGCGCUGAUGGUCGGCAUUCUCAUCGGGGUCUUCGUCCUGUGCUGGAUCCCAUUCUUCAUCACCGAACUUAUCAACCCCCUCUGCUCAUGCGACAUCCCCCCUAUCUGGAAGAGUAUCUUCCUCUGGCUCGGAUACUCCAAUUCUUUCUUCAACCCGUUGAUAUACACCGCCUUCAACAAGAACUACAACAACGCCUUCAGAAACCUCUUCUCCAGACAGCGGUGA